CCUUUCAAGCCUAUUAAAACAUUAAGUUCUUCGGGAUUGCUUUUAAGAUGGAUUUUGAACUAGUUUAGUUUAUUAUAGUGCGUUGAAAAUAUAAUUUUUACAUUUUCAGAAAUCCUAAGAAUGGUUCCCAGCUAACACUAUGGAGGAUAACCUUACUUUAACGAUAAAUGAGCUUCAAAUUGUUGCUGAGCUUGACUCUCGUCUCUUCGGAUUCCUGAAGCUUAAUGACGAGGUUAACGCAGUGAAGAAGGCGGCAGCUAAUAAGGCGAUCCUAUACUUGGAGAGGGUUCUAGUCCAGGCUAAUAUACAGGAGAGGAAGAAGAAGAGACCAAAUGAUGGAAACAACAAUGAAAAGAGUAGAAGUGGGUUCAACGUCGAACCUAAAACCUUUGUUAAACUGGGUCAUCUUCACCUUCUCCUAGGCAACUAUACCAAAGCUCUGUCUGCAUAUCAGAAAUAUUUUAGAAUAUCUAAACAUCAUUGGAGGGAUUCAGCCUUUAUGUACGGACUAGGUUUGGUUUAUUAUCAUUUUAACGCUUUCCAAUGGGCUACCAAAGCAUUUCUUCAAGCACUGUAUAUAGAUCCAGGGUUCUCUAGAGCUAAUGAAAUCCAUCUUAGACUCGGUAUUAUCGCCAAGAUGAAAAAUGAUUUUGAUACUAGCUUAAAACAUUUUCAUAUGGCGCGCCAUGACAGUUCUGUCUGCACAUUUACACCUUUCGAGAUUCAGUUCCACAUCGCUCAUUUAUACGAGGCUUGUGGACGGCAUAUGGAGGCUAAGGCGAAGUAUGAUGUUAUGUUGGCGGAUCAUAGUCUUCCGCUUCAGCUGAGGGCGGAUAUUCUCCGCCAAAUUGGUUGGAUGUUUCACUCUGUGGAGGAGUUCGGAGAAAAGAGUCAGAGAGUAGAGCAAGCUGUAUUUCAUCUUCAGAAAUCUAUAGAAGCUGAUCCUAAAUCUGGGCAGUCAUUAUACCUACUAGGACGGUGCUACGCUAGCAUUGGCAAAGUUCACGACGCAUUUAUUGCGUACAGAAACAGCGUCGACAAAUCUGAAUCCAAUGCAGAUACUUGGUGUUCUAUAGGAGUUCUAUAUCAGCAACAAAACCAACCAAUGGACGCAUUACAAGCAUAUAUCUGCGCUGUACAACUUGACAAGGACCAUUCUGCUGCCUGGACUAACCUAGGUAUUCUCUAUGAGUCCCAAUCCCAACCCCAUGAUGCUCUAGCCUGUUAUACUAAUGCAACUAGGAACAAGGCUAGUAUUCCCACCUUGAGUCAACGGAUUAAAUAUCUGAAAACCCAGAUGGCUAGUGCUCCUCCUCCAGUUACUACCAAUAAACCCCGGCAACUCCCAUCUGUAGAGGAAGCAUGGAACCUCCCAAUCUCAAAUGAGAUGACAAACCGGCAAAAUCAGCCUCGUCAGACUGGAGGAAUCCGAGCAGCUCAACCUGUUAAGAAAGAGGAAGUUGGACCGAGUGCUCCUCCAACCCAGCAGCGACCACACUUCUAUUUAACCCAGCAGCAGCUCCAGACCCUGCAGUAUCUGCAGAACCAACCUGCACUCACUGCUCAACAGCAGAAUGUACUGCAACAGCUUCAACAUCAGUUCAGGUUGAUGCAACAGCAUCAGCAGCAGAUGAGGUUGCAGGUGAUGAGACUUCAAGGUUUACCAGCUCCGGUUCAACCUCAGGGACAGUUCCCAUCCCAGCCAUCAACAUCUCAUGCUGGAGGAACACCAAGUUCAUCCUCUUCCAACACAGAGAUAGAUGGGUUAAAUGUUUCAGACAAGGAACUGGAGUCUUUAAUCUCACAACAGGAUAUCGGAUCUUUCGCAGAGAGUUUACUCAAACAGUUCCAGGAACAGAUCGGAGACUCUGUUGAUGAGAAACAGGAUUCGGAUGGAAUUAAACCUGAGAGUAUGGAUACUAAACCUGAUGCAUCAGAUCUGUUGUCAGCUAUGGGUAAAUCUGAUGGUAAGGAUCUACUAGAGGAGAGUAUGAAAAAUGAAUUGAUGGAUCUGGAUCAUCUAGAUAUACCAACUACAGUUGACAAGGUGGUUCAUGAAACAUACAAUCCUCCUGAGCUUCAUAUCAAGCUUACAGCUGAGGAGGUUGUAGACGCUUGUAAUAAAUGUUUAACCAAGUCUGGUCGGAUAUCUGGUAGUGUACUUGAAGAGGAUGCCCCACCCCCCUCUCCGCCAGAACGCCCUUCAGCUCGUCUUAGUAAGGAGCAACUUCUCCCUCCCACUCCUAGCGUGUACCUGGAGAAUAAGAAAGACGCCUGUUCUCCACAGCUCCAGGAAUUCUGUCUUCAGCAUCCUAUCACAGUAGUGCGAGGAAUCGCUGCUGCGCUUAAGCUUGAUCUAGGAUUGUUCUCCACAAAGCAAUUGUUAGAAACCCAACCUGAGCAUCCGGUUCAUAUUAAAACACAGUUUAAGCAGGAGAGCGACGAGAACUGGGAUGUUUCAGGACAACAGCAGGUCUGGAACUGUUUUAGUAAACCUAGUAUUACAACCAUAUCCGCGUACGCACAGUAUCAGGUUGCAACCUUCCAAGAAUCAUUUCAGCUUGAGCAAGAGAAAACCUCGUCUCACCGCAAUGAAGACGAGGUUCAAGGACGGAGAAAGAAGAAACCUAUGUUGACCCUGAAACACGGACACUAUAUUGAUCUAUCCUAUGAGCACAGGUUCCGCCAGCAGCUCCAGGAGAUGGCUAAACUUCCACACUGGACCCGUGUUGUCUCCGCUGGGAAUAUGCUCUCCCAUCUUGGAUAUCAGAUGUUGGGGAUUAACACAGUCAAAAUGUCUAUGAAGGUUCCUGGAGCUAGAACCACGGCGCACCAGGAGAAAAAUAAUUUUUGCACAAUUAAUAUUAAUAUUGGACCCGGAGACUGUGAAUGGUUUGGAGUUCCUGAAGAAUACUGGGGCGCACUGCAUGAGCUUUGUGAUAAGAAUGGAGUAAAUUAUCUAGACGGAUCCUGGUGGCCGAAUAUGAAAGAUCUGAUGGACGCUGAGAUACCAGUGUACAGGUUCCUACAGAGACCCGGAGAUCUUGUAUGGGUCAACUCUGGAUGCAUUCAUUGGAUGCAGGCGGCAGGAUGGUCCAACAAUAUUGAAUGGAACGUGGGACCCCUAACCUUCAAACAGUAUUCCUUAGCUUUGGAACGAUACGAAUGGAACAAGCUGCAGGGAACCAAGUCUGCUGUAGCUAUGGUUUAUUUAUCAUGGAACCUUGCGAAGAACGUAAGAGUCUCCGAACCUAAACUAUUUGAAGCUAUAAAGCAUACUCUACUCCGAACCCUACGGCAGGUUGUGCUUAUCCUGGACUAUUUAAAGUACAAGGGUCUAGAGGUCAAGUUUCACGGAAGGAAUCGAAGUGAACCGGCACAUUACUGUAUUCAAUGUGAAAUAGAGGUCUUUGGAGUCCUCUUCGUCAGAGAACAGGACAAGAAGUAUGUAGUUUAUUGUCUGGACUGUGCUCGACGACACAACCAUGAGCUCCGUGGGUUCGUUAUCCUCGAGGAGUAUCAUCUCAAGGAGCUCAAGGAUGUUUACAACAACUUCAAGCUCUCCAGUCAGAACCCGCUCUCUAAUCUAAACUCUGCCCAGCGCAGCUACCAGGGAACCCACGCGCAAGCAACGUUGACUCCCAUCUGCCGGCCCCAACCUACAAUAACAAACAAUUCGAUGAUCACAAAUAGGUACAGAUCAUUUUGA